AUGGCGGCCUUUGCAGGGGAGUCCUCCGUUCGGGGCUCAACUGAGGCCAUGCGCAUGGUGCUGCUGACUUUCUGCACCAUUGGCAUCACCUUCACAUGGGGAGUCGAGAUGACGUAUUGCACUCCGUAUCUGCUGAGCCUUGGCCUGAGUAAGAGCAACACGUCCAUGGUGUGGAUCGCCGGGCCGUUGUCGGGCCUCAUUGUCCAGCCCGUGAUUGGCGUCUUGUCGGAUGAGAGCACGUCGAGAUGGGGUCGCCGACGGCCCAUGAUGGUGCUCGGCGCUGUGAUUGUGGCCGCCGCCAUGCUGGUUCUGGGUUUCACAAAGGAGCUCGUGGGCUUGUUCGUACAAGACGCCGAGGCUGCCCGGAUGCCCACCAUCGUGGUUGCAGUACUCGCCAUCUACCUUGUCGAUUUUGCCAUCAACGCCGUCAUGUCUUGCUCGCGCAGUCUCAUUGUUGACACGCUUCCUAUUGAGAAGCAGCAGUCUGGAGCCGCCUGGGCCAGCCGCAUGUCCGCCAUUGGCAACGUCAUCGGCUACGCGGGCGGCGCCGUCGACCUCGUCCACAUCUUCGGCACCACCUUUGGCGACACCCAGUUCCAGCUGCUCACGCUCAUUGCCGUGCUGGCCAUUCUCGGCACCACGGCCGUGACGUGCUGGGCGGUGACGGAAAAGGUGCUGCUCGCCGACGACGACGCCCGCAAGGACCGCGGGGCAGGGGCGGCGCAGCUUUUGCGGCCCGUGUCGUCGUCGUCGUCGUCGUCGUCGUCGUCGCGGGACCGGUUCCGCGUCGUCGCCCACAUCUACGCCGCCAUCCGCCACCUGCCGCCGCGCAUCCGCGCCAUCUGCUGGGCCCAGUUCUGGUCCUGGAUCGGCUGGUUCCCCUUCCUCUUCUACAGCACCACCUGGGUCGGCGAGACGUACUUUCGCUACGACGCCCCCGAGUCGGCCCGCUCCGGCGACACCCUCGGCGACAUUGGCCGCAUCGGCAGCCAGGCCUUUGUCUUGUCGUCGCUGAUUACCCUGAGCGCGUCGCUCGUGCUCCCGCUCCUCGUCCGCUCCCCGGACGAGCCGACGUACACCCAGCGGCCGCACCCGAGGCUCGCGCCGGUCCUCAAGCUCUGUCAGCGGUCGCGGCCGGACCUCUUGACGACGUGGAUCUGGGGACACGUUCUCUUCGCCGCCGCCAUGAUGCUGGCGCCAUUUGCGACCAGUUACCGCUUUGCUACAGCGCUGUUCCUUUUCUUUUUCCCUCGUUUCCACCCAUGGGCCAUUGCAGGGUGGGCGCCGAGCGCGUUUCUCGGCAUCGAGGUCAAUAAGCUUGCCCAUCAAGGCGGCGCAGCCUAUCGCCCGCUACCUGGCGAGGAUAUCGAGAUGACGGUGCUGGGGGAGGGCCCCCCGGAGUCGGGCUCCUCUGCGGAGCUCUCUGGCAUUUACUUUGGCAUCCUCAACGUAUACACCACGCUGCCGCAGUUUGUCGGCACCUUUAUAUCCAUGAUUGUCUUUGGCAUUCUCGAGCCAGGCAAGAGCCGAGAACUAGGUACGGACGUGGACAAGGCACCGGCCAUAGCGCCGACUGGACCGAAUGCAAUUUCGGUGUGCCUCUUCAUCGGCGCGAUGAGCACAAUUGUUUCUGCAUUCGUUACCAGGAGAUUGAAAAAGUUGGAGUAG